CGGCUUCCGUAGAAACUACUUCCGGUUCCUUGUAAACAAGGUAGAAAGUGAGUGUUAGGCAUGCCGCCCAUACACCGCUCCCGGAGCCGCAGUCCGGUCUCUCCACGGAAACGGCACCACAGCAGCAGCAGUAGCGACAGGUCCCCGGAGAAGAAGAGCAGGAGCUCCAAGUCCCGAGAACGGGGUGUCAGCAAUGGCCACCGCCGCAGCCGCUCCAGAGAGCGAGCCCCUUCCAGCCGGACGUACCACGGCAAGCAGUGGGGGGACUACUACGAGAAAGGAAAGGAGGAGAUAAUGAGACAGAGGCAGGAAGCGUUUAUAGCCAGACGUCUGAAUGAAAGAGAGAGGAUUGGAGAACUGGGAGCUCCAGAAGUCUGGGGUCUUUCACCGAAAGUUCCAGAACCAGACUCUGAUGAACACACUCCCGUAGAAGAGGAGGGAAAAUCGAAAAAAUCUAACAGUUCAGACUCUUCCUCAGAAGAAGAGAAGAAGAAAAAAAAGAAAAAGAAAAAAAAGAAAAAGUCAUCAAGAAAAAAGCAUAGAAAACACUCAGAAGACAGCAAAAGCGGCUCCGAACAGUCAGAAAGCAGUGAUGAAGAUGAGAAAAAGAAAUCAAAGAAAAAGAAGAAACACAAAAAAAAGAAAUCAAAGAAAAAGAGAAGCAAGAAAACCAAAAAGGAGUCCACGGAUUCAAGUAGUGAAGACUCCGACCAGAUGCAAGAAGAAACUACAUGGGUAGAGAGAACAAAGGCUAAUCUCGAAGACAUGGAUUUUGUUGGGCCUGAAGCUCCAAUGACACAUUUAUCACAGGAUGAUAAACCAUUAAACUAUGGCCAUGCUUUGCUACCUGGUGAGGGUGCAGCUAUGGCAGAAUAUGUAAAGGCUGGUAAACGUAUCCCGAGAAGAGGUGAAAUUGGCCUAACAAGUGAUGAAAUUGCCUCUUUUGAGAUAUCUGGCUAUGUGAUGAGUGGAAGCAGGCAUCGGCGUAUGGAGGCUGUCCGUCUGCGUAAGGAGAACCAGAUUUAUAGUGCAGAUGAGAAGAGGGCCCUGGCUUCCUUCAAUCAAGAAGAGCGGCGAAAGAGGGAAAACAAGAUCUUGUCAAGCUUCAGGGAGAUGGUUUACCGGAAAACCAAGGGAAAGGACGACAAAUAAGAACCAGUAUCUACACGACUUACAGCAUUUGGUUGUACCUGGAGUUAACUUCUAAGCUUGUCAAGGAAACACGGUGGAGGGCUUUUUGCAAAUGUGAACUUCAUAGACCCUUGUAUAUACCUAGACUCACUGUACACAUAUAUAAUCACACAAAUUAUCUUCUGACUCCUUUUGACAUGUUUCUGUUCAGAUUUAUAUGGGCUCUUACAGCGCGUGUAUUGUUCAUUUUUAAAUAACUUAUUAAAAAACUGAAAAAUGUUUCAAGAACCAAAGACACAGUUUAUUAUUGUGUUUGAUUGGCACUGGUGAUAGUUUGGUUACUUCUAUCACUGCUAUAUGUCAGAAGCUAAAAUCCCUGCCUGGAACAUUUUACUGCUGGUUGUCCUCCUUUGGAUCAAGCCUUACAGUUUCUCAUCUACAAGCUGUUGACUGCAGCUCCACCGAGUUCAGUAGAGGAGUAAAGCAACUGCACGUUUUACCCCACAGCAUUGCAGCCUGGAUUGGCCAUGUUCAUAUGUGAAUUAUUUCUUGUGGGUUUUCCAUAUAGAUCUUGCAAGAAAGUAUAGUACAUGUGCAUAGGGUUUACAAACCUCAUUUAUGUCCUGCCAAAGAAAUGUGCACAGAUAAGUUGCCAUGCU